GCUUUAUUAAUAUAACAAUAAUUAUUGUGAUCUCUUUUGUUAGCGUUAGAAAAUAGCGUUAGAAUUUUUGAAUUUAGAUUUAGAUUCAGGACCAUUAUAAGAGUCAAAACACGAUGUGUAUUUAGUGAAGUGAUUUAAGUAUUAUAUUAUAUUGGAAUAAAAGUCAAUCAAAGGGAUAAAACUUCAUCUGAUGUCAAACUAACGAUGCCAAACAAACGAGUAGCGAUAGUUGGUGGGGGUUGUAGUGGUUUGACUGCCACAAAGUCAUGUAUUGAAGGAGGAUUAGAACCAAUUUGUUUUGAAAGAGAGUCUGAUAUCGGUGGAUUGUGGAACUACUCGGAUGAACCUGUCCAUGGGAAAGGAAGUAUAUAUAAGAAUCUGGUGAUCAACACCAGUAAAGAAAUGAUGGCAUUCAGUGACUUUCCUACACCUGAAGAAUUUCCGCCUUUUAUGCCACAUUCAGACGUCUUGAAGUAUUUCAAAUUAUAUGCCAGCCAUUUUGAAUUAUUACGUCACAUCAAGUUCCAGACGUCAGUGUUGUUUAUAGAACAGAGCUCGGAUUAUGAAGAAACUGGAAGAUGGUUGGUGAGGUAUCAGACACAAGAUGACGAACCUCAAGAAGAGGUUUUCGAUGCUGUCAUGAUCUGUUCUGGUCAUCAUACGGUUCCACAUCAACCUCACUUUCAUGGAUUAGAGAAAUUUCAAGGUGCAGCGAUACAUUCACAUGCAUAUCGCGAGGCCAGCAAAUUUAAAGGACAACGUGUCGUAGUUGUAGGAAUUGGAAAUUCUGCUGUUGAUAUUGCAGUUGAUAUUUCAAAAGUAACAGAACAGGUAUUCACAAGUACCAGGCGAGGUGCCUGGGUGAUUGGUAGAACUGGCUUUUGGGGUUUACCAGCUGAUUUAUUAGCGAAUAACAGAUUCCUCUUCUCCUUACCACGAGGUCUAUUAGGCUGGGUCGUAGAGAAACAGGCUAAUCUCAGAAUAGAUCAUCAACGUUAUGGACUUAAACCUAAACAUGGGGCGUUGGCAGCACAUCCAACCAUCAACGAUGAAAUCCCAUAUCACAUGAUGACUGGGAAAAUCCGUGUCAAGCAAAAUAUCAACGAGUUUACAGAGAAUGGUGCUUAUUUUACUGACGGUUCUUAUGAACGAAUCGAUUCAGUCAUAUUUGCUACAGGGUACGACUACCAAUUGAAGUUUAUAGACCAUAAAGUGCUAACCAUUGACGAAAAUCAAGUGAAUCUUUAUAAAUACGUUUUCCCCCCAAAACUGAAACAUUCAACUCUUGGUGUGAUUGGUUUAAUACAAGCUGUUGGAGCAGUAAUGCCCAUUUCAGAAAUACAAAGUCGAUGGUUUGUGCAGUUACUAAAAGGUAAUUGUAAGUUACCAAGUAAUAAAGUUAUGUUGAAUGAUAUUAAAAGGAAUACAGUAGAGAUGAAUGAAGGAUAUGUUAGCACAAGACGUCAUACUAUUCAGGCAUUUUGGGUAGAUUACAUGGAUGAAAUAGCAUCAUUUAUUGGAUGUAAACCAAACUUUUGGAAAUUAGCAGUGAGGGAUCCUGAAUUAGCGCUCCGUUGCCAUUUUGGUCCAUGCGUCCCAGCACAAUACCGUUUACAAGGUCCUAACAAAUGGUCUGGCGCCAGAGAAAUCAUCCGAAACGCUUUAUCUCGAGCAACCAACUGUUCAACAAUAACCAAGCAACCAGCAGAGUCGAGGAAUGAGAAAUAUUUCAAGGCGGAACAUUCUAAAUUAAUGACACUUUCUAUUGUCAUGUUCGUUUUUCUGGCGUGGUUGACGAAAGUCCUUGUAACAGUUUUGUAAAAUCAAAAUUUUAAAUCUGAACAUUUCAUAAGGUUCAACCACGCCUGCCGAUUUGAUUAUGUAAAUACCUCUCUUUGAUGAAAGUCAUACCCACCCUUCCCAAAAUCUAUUUCAACCCACAAAUCUGAACAUUUCGUUCAACUACGCCUGUACAUUUUGGUGUUGUAAAUAUCUCACAUUGUUGAAAUUCACGACCACAAUUCCCCGAAAUAUAUUCAAGCCGAUACCAGGUCACACAUGCCAGCUUUCCAAAUGUACCAAAAGCACUCUACACUUGAUCAAGAUUUUUGGAGGCAGAAUUUUACUUCCAAGCGUGACUUAAUACGCAAAUAUCCCAAGAGACCAAACGGUGUUAUGACGUAUACAUCUUAUGUUGAGAGAAUUUAAGACGAUACAUCAAUUGCCAAUGAAUGGAGAUUAUUGAAAUGAUUUAAUUCAAAGUUCACAAUUUGGUUUCUAAUUGGUUCCUCUGAAUUUAACUGAAAGACUACAGGAUGAUGAUAUUAAAUGUCUGUACUCCAGCUCUUUCAGUAAAUAUUCAUAAAUAGUUUCAUAAACUCUGUAAUUGAAAAAACAACUGACAGGUUCAUUUGAUUGUAUUUUGUUUAGUGUACAAUUAAUGUUAUAUAUUAGAGUAAAUAGUUUAUUACCGUAUCAAAUG